UUGGUGCAUUGUUCCGUGGGCGUCUCUGCAGAUGUCCUGGACAGCAUGGCGCGGUUCAGCGCGCCGGGCGUGUGGAACUACAGCACGGUCACGCUGUCGGACCACGAGCGCGUUCUGUAUGUCGGCGCCCGGGAAGCUCUGUUCGCCCUGGACCCCAACGACAUCAGCAGACAACGACGACCACAGAUCGAAUGGCCGGCCCCCCAGGACAAGAAGAAGGAAUGUGCCUCCAAGGGGAAGAACAACCAGACCGAGUGUUUCAACUACAUCCGCUUCCUUCAAAGCUACAACAGUACACACCUCUAUACCUGUGGCACAUAUGCCUACCAACCAAAAUGCACCUAUGUGAUUGCGGCCAAUUUUACACUCAGCAUUGCCCCCCUGGAGGAUGGGAGGGGUAAAUGCCCCUAUGAUCCUGCAAAGGGCCACACUGGACUCAUAGUGGACGAGGAGCUGUACUCUGCCACACUCUUCAACUUCCUGGGUACGGACGCGGUCAUCCUGAGGAACCUGGGCCAUCAGCACUACAGCAUGAAGAGCGACGACCUUCCUGCCUGGCUCAAGGAGCCUGACUUUGUGGGCUCCUCGCUGGUGAGGGAGAGCCUCGGCAGCAAGGAGGGGGACGACGACAAGAUCUACUUCUUCUUCAGCGAGCGACCGACGGAGGACCGCAACUGCUAUGCUGAGCGCACCAUGGCCCGGGUGGCCCGCGUCUGCAAGGGGGACUUGGGGGGCACGCGGACCCUGCAGAAGAAGUGGACCACUUUCCAGAAGGCCCGGCUGGUUUGCUCCCUGCCCGAGAGAAACGUGGCGUUCAACAACCUCCGGGCCACCUUCACCCUGCCCGGCCAGGACUGGGGCUCCACCAUCUUCUUCGGCAUCUUCCACGCCCAGUGGGGUGAUGUGGACGUGUCGGCCGUGUGCCAGUACCACAUCAGCGACGUGAAGAAGGUGUUCAACGGAGACUACAACGAGUACCAGGACGACUCCCAGAGGUGGACCCGCUAUACGGGCCCCGUUCCAAGCCCGAGGCCCGGAGCGUGCAUCACAAACUGGCACCGGGAGAACGGCUACAACCGCUCCCUGCAGCUGCCAGACGCCACGCUCAACUUUGCCAAGAAGCACCCGCUGAUGGCCGAGGAGGCCCAGGCACGCCCCCUGCUGCUCACCAAGGGGGUCAACUUCACCCGGCUGGCUGUGGACCGGGUCAGCACCCUGGACCAGCGCUCCUGCAACAUGCUCUUCAUCGGCACAGCGGACGGAUGGCUCCAGCGGGUGGUGGUCCUGGGCUUGGAGGCCCAUGUCAUCGAGGAGAUCCAGCUGUUUGAGACGCCCCAGCCUGUCGACAGUCUCACCAUCUCCCACUCCAAGAAGUAUUUGUACAUCGGCUCUCGUUCGGAGGUUCUCCAGCUGCCCUUGGCUAACUGCAGCCGCUAUCAGUCUCAGCCAGACUGUCUGCUGGCCCGGGACCCCUACUGUGCCUGGGACAGUGAGGGUCGCGCCUGCGUUCGCAUUGACCUUCACCGCGGGUCCACAUCCUCCCUGUCCCAGGACCUCAUGUUGGAGCGCUUCAGCCGGGGCAAGGCCAAGUUUGACAAGCCCGUCUCCAUCCCUAGCCCAGACCACUCGCGGCUCCGUAACGUGACGGUGGUGGUGGGCUCGGACAUGGUGCUGCCGUGCCACCUGGUGUCCAACCUGGCCCAGCCCUUCUGGGUCCUCAACGACCGCGAGCUCCAACUGGGGGACCCCGAGUCCGGCGGGCCCCGAUUCGACCGGGCCCUCAGAGCCCUCGUGGUCCCCGACGCGGGCCAGACGCAGGCGGGCCGCUACGUGUGCUACUCGGAGGAGCAGGGGGUCAAGUUCCAGACGGAGCGCUACCAGGUGGCGGUGGUGGCCAGCGCGCCCGUCUUCAUGGAGGCCCGGGCCCCCGACGGCAGCAUGGGUCUGUUCUGGGUCCUGGUCAUCACGCUGGGCGCCGCCUGCCUGCUGCUCCUGGUGGUGGCCCUCUACCUCCGCCGGAGACUGAAGCUGGCCCUGGGCAAGGGGGCGGACAUGAAGCCCCUGGAGAGCACGCUGGUGUACCCCAUCACCCUGCCCAAGGAGCCGCCCACCUUCGUGCCCAGCAAGAUGCCCACCGACGAGGACCGCUUCUGGGAGACGGGCGCCAACUACUACUACUCGGACGGCUCCCUGAAGAUCGUGCCGGGCCACGCGCUGGGCCCCAGCAGCCUGAGCAGCGUGCCGUCGCCCAGCGCCAUCCCCGGCCAGCCCAUCCACUCCCCCAGCCGCCUCAGCCUCACCAACAUCCGGGGCUCCGGGAGCAACGGCUACAUGCGGCUCAACCUGAGCGCGGCGGCGGGAGACGAGCGGGUUGGCGCGGCUGGCGCUGGCGGCGGCGGGCUGGGAGGCGGGCUGAGCGGCGGCCUGGCCGGUCUGACGGGGCUAGGCAGUGGGAGUGGUGGCGGGGGAGGGGGGGGUGGUAGCAGUGUGGGAGGAGGGGGCAGCGACUAUUCCAGCCCCUUUAAGGAGGAGCUGCGCCGCACGCUGCAGCAGAGGAGCGUGCUGCCGGACGCCAACCCGGAGGAGUCCUCCGUUUAGGGGCGGACCCCCCAGACCCACCCUCCGUACGGCCCAGAGGGAUAGAGGAGACCAGGCAACAAACCUACCUCCUCCUCCCCCGGAAUUUGUUUAGGAGAACACCGCGGCGUCUCUCGCUCCCGCUCCCGCUCUCGCUCUCUCUCUCUCUCUCUCUCUCUCUCUCUCUCUCUCUCUCUCUCUCUCUCUCUCUCUCUCGCGCGCGCUCUCGAUCGACCACGCUUUCUGGUAAUGGCGUAACCCCCCCCCACCCACCCACUUGAUGGCUCUCCCCCUACCAACGCCUCUUUGGCUCCAUGACUUGGCUCACUCUGUUAUUAAUAAAACCCAUAGCAUGUUAAUAGACACACAAACACACACACACUCUGAGUUCUCCUGUAGUCAUCGUGUUUUGGGAACCAACGCCGUUUCCACGUUUUCAAUUUUUUUACCUUUAACUGCUUACACUGUGCAGCCUCCAGUUGUGUAAAUUGUGUUUACUAUGAAGAAGAAAAGAAAAAAAAAUAUUGAAUACAGAUGAGGACACUUUGAGCAUGGAAAUCAAGCUAGAUUAUGUUAUUUAUUUUCUGGAGGCCACCUGGUGUCCUUCGGGUUGAGGGGACCAAUGCAGGGGAUCGUGGACCCUGUGCAGGGACAUGGGACGAGAGACAAAUGCGAUGGAUAGAGAAAAAAAGAAACAAAAAUGCCAUUUUGGCUUGCGCUUCUGCCCUGGUCUCCCCUGAGACUUUGAAACUUUCUGCACUUAAAAAAUGGGAGGGGCUUCCUCCCUUUGGUUUUUUUGUAUUUGUGAGAACUAAGAGAUGACUGAGAGAGAGAGGUUAAAAAAACAAGAAACAAGAGAAGAUGAAUCUCAGAGCGAGACGACAAUCACGUCCACGUCUAAGGAGUAUUUCCUGGGCUGCACGGAGGCAACAGGAGGAAGCGACAUAAGGAGAGAGAGAGAGAUGUGGAGGAGCGACAACAAAGAAGAACGAGGAAGGAGUCGAAAAAAGAAGAGUCCCACGGGAGAAAAGACUCGAAUGAAGGAUAAACUCUCUAGAAUCUUUACUUUUCUUCUGGAUUUGUAUGUUUUUCACUUUGUUAUUCCCUCCCCCUCUGUGAUGAAGGCCACCCCGCAUCCUACCUUUCAGCUUUCAUUUGUUGUGAGGAGGUCAGUUUGAUAGUUGGGGGUCUUUUAUCUCUUUCGACGGAUGGCAAAAGUGUUCUACUAGCGGUCAGUGGCGGCACCCGCUCUGGCUCUCCACCUCUGUCUCUCCUCCACCCUGCUCCUCCAGCCCUACCCUUUAACCCCACCCCUGGUGUGUGUGUGUGUGUGUGUGUGGGUGUGUGUGUGUGUGUGUGUGUGUGUGUGUGUGUGUGUGUGUGUGUGUGUGUGUGUGUGUGUGUGUGUGUGUGUGUGUGUGUGUGUGUGUGCUUGGGUGUGUGUGUGCUUGGGUGUGUGAGUGCUUGGGUGUGUGAGUGCUUGGGUGUGUGAGUGCUUGGGUGUGUGAGUGCUUUGGUCUGUGAGCAUUUCGCAGGGCCAGAUUGUGAGGGCAGACACUAACAAUUCCCCGCACACUAGCCUUCAAACACACAUUUAGGGGCACAAUAAAUUACAAGGGCACUGCAGAAGACAUUUAUUAGAGACUAUGUGAAAUAGGGAGCUGUCUGCAGCUUGUUUUUGUUUAGUUUCUUUUCCUCUUGUUCGUUCCUUACGAGACACGUACCCUCCUCAUAGAAAAAAAAAAAAAAGAACAGAGAAAGAGCCAGAAGGUUAUUCGAAGGCGGCUCUCUGAAGGAGGCCACUAACUGCACACCUUUUAAUUUGAAGCCGGGCUGACGUUAAGGUGCCGGCCUACGUCAGGAGAAUGUAGGUGAGCGCUCAGCACUGCGACGGCUGUGGAUGUCUUAAUAAGUGCUUUAUACUUUGUUUGUCUGGAGCCGGUGCUUUCACUGCCAAAGAAAGGAGCCCUCCUCCACCCCCUCUCCCGCCCCCACACCGCCAACCCCACCCACCUUCUCCUCUUAUUGCAUUCUCAUGUUGGCCCGAGGAGGGACCGUUCAAGGACCAGAGUGGGUGUCUCCCUGACGGGAAUUAGAGCUGGAUCACGACGUGACCCCCAUGUACAACCCCCCCCCCCCCCCCCCCCCCCCCUUCUUGACCCCUUUUUGUUCCUUUACCGAGUCCCAGAGACUGCCCUGGGGCCACUGUGGAAAGGCAGAGGAAUGGAUGAGCACUGUUAACACACACACAUACACACACACAAACAUACACACAUAUACACAUGCAUACACAUAUACACACACACACACACACACACACACUCACACUUGCACACACACACACACACACACACACUCACACUUGCACACACACACACACACACAAAUUACAGUUUCAUCAAUGGAUGUUGCAGUAGGUUCAUGUUGACAGUCUGAUCCAUACAGGACCCGAGUACUCCAUGGCUUCAGGCCGGAUCAGAGGGGAUCUAAACCCCAGAUGGGCUCUGAUAUAGGCUGUGCCGUGAUUCACAUGGAAAGAUGUGAAGCUAAAACCUGUUCUACAAAAACUUACUUUUGUCAGCUUUUUUUUAUUCCUUACUGAAUGUAAUGUAAAGAACUCAAGUAAGCAAGAAAGAAAGAUACUUUGCUCUUCAAACAGCGGUGGAAAUGUCAAAGACUUUGACGACUUUGUUCUGAUAACAAUAGACCAUACGCUAUGAUAUGUCUGCCGAGAUGACCUUCUCCGAAAGGACUGAACACUACAGUGUUAUAAAGUCAUUCUGUGCCUGAUCUGAGUUUUUGCUCCCAAAGUGUGAUGACACGUUUUUUCAGUUUUGAAUCUUCUUCCAGAGACUCUUCCGUCAAGGAUGACGGGUGGAGCCCCCCCAAAAUGCAUGGAAAAGAUGGAUGCUCCUUUUUUUUUUAUUUGCCCAACCAUGUAGACUGUAGAGACAGCGAAAGAAGAUGUAGAAUAUUUAGAUAUGAUCCCAAAGGUCAGAGGUACCCUCGCGAUCUGAGCAUCCUAUUCUCUUUGCAUGAUCCUCGUUAAACAUAGAACUUUGCAUCUGUCAUGAAACCGCCUUUGGUGACCCAUUUUAUUUUCCCGGACUUGGAUGGACAUUGAUGUUUGUGAACAUUAAUGUUCUAACUUUGAAGAAACAAAAUAUUUUAUUGUUCUAAGGUUGUACAUUAAGUUAACGGUUCCCUCGAUAUUUUCCUUUCAUCGUGCCUCUUCACCUUUUGGAUAAGCCAAAGUAGACUGCAGUUGCUUCUAGGCGUUUAGGUUUCUGUUUAAUAUGAGUUGAUUCUAACUGAUUAUGUACGUCAGCCUCAGUCGUCCGUCCACUUUGUAAAGCUGAGCUGACGUUUGCAACCUCUCUUUGAAUUUCAGCUGGGUUUCUUGUCAAAGAACAUAAACGGUUUCCUGUUUGCUUCCUGUUUACAUUUCCUUACACUAAUAUUGCUUGACUCCAAUUCCUUAUCUUUAUACCAAAUUUCUGAAGUCUAAUCAAAACAAGCAGCAUUUCUCAAACCAAAUAAGGACUGUCCUUUAAAUUGAAAGGAUGUAGGACAAGCCCCUUUAUUAGAGAGAUCACAGAGUGCCCUCACUGCUCACCUUUUCAAAGAAGAAACCUCAAAGCAGCAGCCUUCACUGCAUUUGCUGUUAACUGCAACAGUGGUCCUACCUGGUUUAUAUGAGGUUGCAUCUAAGGAUAAUUGAAAGAAAUAUGAUUAGGCUUUUUUUCAUAUUUUGUUUUAUGAAAAUCAACAUAGUAAUUGUUUUCAAAGGGUAACAAGCUCGAAAAAAAUUGCAUGUGUGAUGUUCUUUAUCUGCUCGGUUGUCUUUGGUUAAUUUAAUCUUUGCUCGCAACGAUUUCUCUGUCACACAGCUUUAAGUGUCUGUUGUUUUUUUCUUUUCUUUUUGCUGUUUUAGUAUGUAUUUGUCUAUUAUUCGCUCCAUUUUUGCUUGUCGGAUAUUUGUUUUUUUAUUUUUAAGUAUGUUAAGUAACUUAUUUCGCUUGUACAAACAUGUUGAUAUUUAUUAUCAUUGUACAUAUGUCCUUAUUUUUUAUAUGUGUAUAUAUGCACAAAUAAAAUUAGAGAUAUACUCA